AUGGACGCCGGCAUCGUCACGGUCGCGGAGGCCUUGGUGGCGUGGCUGGGCAGCGGCACGCCGCUGUGCAACGCGCUGCAGGACGUGGAGAAGCGCAUCGGCACGGAGGAGUUGCAGCAUCUGCUGCAGUACAACGUUCCCCACGCAUCCACGCUUCUGGUGAAGGGGAAAUGUGUCAGCGCAACCUCGCUCGCAGGGGAAAAGUUCACCAAGGCGCUUGCGUCGGAAUUCGCGUGCCUCAACUUCCCAGCCGCAGACACGGCGAAGGUGACCAACGUGACACGUGUGCUCAGCGGCACCGAGACACUGUGCCCUGUGCUGAAGGACUACUACGGCUUUGCUAUCUCGAGGCGUGACGUAUUCAUGCCAUUCCUGGCCCUUGUGGUGUACGCAAGCGGCAUCAAGGUGGCGAGCUGCUUGCUGCUGCCAGUGUUCCAGUCGAUUCUGCGCGAUAAUGAGUACGCGAUCAGUCUGCCAUCCAUUCUCUCCGCCUUCUUCCCCGGCCUGGCGCACGGCGUUCUUUCGCACAAACAGCAGAUUAUGAAGCUGUUGGGGGCGCUUGAGAAACGUGGAGUGCACGUGCGGAAGGAGGUUGAGGGGCACCGGACAGACGGCACCUGUGAGCUCUACACCGUGCGUGUGUUCUACGAAGACGCCGAGCAGUCAUGCGAGACGGGGAGGCGGCUCACGGAUUUCUACGCCAUCGUGACAGAGCAGGGGAGGAAGUUUCAGAGCAACAGAAAGUCGGAGAAGCGCAAGGAAAGGUCUAGCCCGACCUCUUCCCCGAAGCAUAUGAAGAUGUGGAUGUAUGAGGUGCACCGCCUGCUGCGGUUUCAGUCGCCGUACAAGGACCUGAUGGGAGGCGACCUCGAACGUGUGGUGCAGAGCAAUGGCUGGAUGCCGCUCAGUGAGAUACAAAGGCUACUGGGGAGCCGCACCGAGGCGACCAGACGCGUCUCGCCAAAAGAGGAGGAUCUGCAGCAUCUCUUUGAGCAACACGACGGCUUUCAGCGGUUUCAGGUGGGGGUGUGCGAUGUCAAAGGCAGCUCCUUUGAGGGGCAGUUGUGCGCCCGCGCGCUCUACGCCCAUCGGUGUGGGCACUCGAUCUCCGAGAGCAUCUUCAGGGAUUUUGCACACGUAACCGACCCCAGCACGUGCCCACCACUUGCAUGGGUACCUGUGGAGAAGCCACGUAAAGAUAAGAUCACCACGGAGCCGUUUAAACUUUAUGAAGAUGUUUUAUUUGUCUAUGCGUUCCCGCAGGAGUCCUUUGAUGAGUUCCUUCGCUACCGUGAAGACGUACCGCCAGAAGAGCAGUACGACGAAAAGUUAUCGAAGAAAGCAGCGCAGUUUUUUCUGGAGUUUUGUCUUCGCGCCGCUGUGCGGGACGAGCAAAUGCGGGUGGUGCAGAUGCCGCAACGGGCGGAUGCCGCCGUGCACUGGGCCAUCUUCCCGUCCCGCAAGGAGAGCGCGGACAGCGACGGCAUCGAGAUCCCGCGUUACUUUUUCACUGGUCACGUGAGAAUACUCGGUGGCACAGCGGACGACAUUCGCGCAACAGAGACGGGCGGUCAGUCGUCAGAUCUCAGCUUCGGGAAAAUCUCUGCGUUGGCAGGCAUUGACCCAGACGGCUUUUCCGCGGAGGAGGUGGAGCGCAUCUUCGGCACUGACAGGACGGCCGGAGGCAUUACGGGCAGUGGGAAUGGCGGGAUGAAAGACAACGGGGAGCGAUGCUGUAUGGGGGGUAAGAGUUCGGCAGUGAAGGAGUUAGACCUAAUCUCUCGUGAUGGGCGCCGCACCACCGCCGCUCUGAACAUGGACGAUGCCAAGGUGCGGGUGCUUGAGAUGUGUGCGGACCCCGAAAAGUUCAUCGCGCUCGUCUCUUUCCCAAAGUGGGACGCCAACGGCGGCCCACUUCUGAAUCGCCGCACAGACAUCGCCAAUUUUAAGAAAUGGGUGUCAAGUCUCGGCCUCUUGUGCCGCAGGGCGGAAGACGAUGACACGGAGGGGGUGUAUGAGAUACGGCGGCGCGCUCUGUUGGACAUCGCCUUUGUCCGCAAAAUCGCCGAAGAGUUGGAGCUGAAGGAUUUCCCCGACCUCAGAGUCCUUCAACAGGCGUUGACGCGCGAGUGUGAGAGCCCGAACGCAAACUAUGAGAUGAUGGAAUUCAUUGGUGACGCCAUUAUGGACUUUUUGGUGAGCUUUGAUAGCUUCCUGCUGGGGGAACCAUGGAACUUGGAUGUCGUCCAGCUGGUGUGCCGCAAUGAGGUGCUCUCCCACCUUAUCCCUGACGAGCUGAGCAGGCGGCUCUCGCAUUGCUACACUGGCAUGGACCUCAAGGUGAAAGCGGAUAUGAUGGAGGCUAUCCUCGGUGCGGUGUAUAAGAGGCACAUGGGACUUGACCGGGUGCGGCAGUUGCUUCGCCACUUCUUCAAGCGCAUCCCUUGCGUGCGGGCUCGCGAGAGCGACGCGGCCACUGCGGGGAUGCUGGCCCGCGCGGAGGAUGCGUGCCCGUACCUUCGUCACGAUGGCGAUUCUCUUGAGGAGAAGUUCCGCUACGAUUGUGUGGCCCUCAUCGACCAUGAGAGUGCUAUGCGGUAUGCUUUGGUUAAAGGGCGUCCGUUCGAGGGUGGUCACCAUAGCCACUACGCGUUGACGCCGUUCAACCGCAUUCAGGAAAAGGCUUGCGCGACGCACUUCACAACAGGUCCGGUGUUCUCAUACCGCCUCAUCCCCUGCAUUGACACACCAGAACUCUUCAACAGGAUCCUCACUCUCUUUGACUCGGGAUCAAUUGCCUUUGUGAAUGAAAUCGUCACAGAAGACACGCACUUGGCAAUUGACUUUGAUGGCGCCGAUGUGAGGUCGUUUGGGGUUUUGGCACUCAUUUGGCAAUGGUUCCAAAAGCGUUUUGUGUCCAGUUCGUCUAUGCUUCUUAUGGACUGCACUGGACUCUCUGUGGUGACGAAGAAGCUGAAGUGGUCUCACCACAUUCACUUCCCCCAGGCAGUGAUAUGCCUACGGAAACUGCAGUCCGACAUGGAAGAUCUCAGAAAAGACAUCGUGCAGCACUUGGGGAGGGGCUCACUGCUUGGUGAGGUUGUGGGUUUCAAGACGGAAGAAGCCCAAACGGGGCCAAUAACUGUGAUUGGGCGAGUUGUACUCUCCACAAGGUACAUGAUGAGCGUGCUUUCUGAGGCGGGGAUAAGACCUAUGCGGAGGUGCUGGGCAUUUAUGAAUUUGCGCGAUUUGUGCCAAUUAGGGCAAGCAUGCCGCAAACUUCGGUACUCUGUGUUUUCCCACCUAUGUGCUGUAGCGCAGCUGAGUGGCGUGCUUGCGUCCAUUUGUGGGGUGCACAAGAAGUAUGACUUCAAGGCGAAGAGUGACUCCGCUGAGUAUGCCCACUACGUACUUAUACGGGUGCUGUUUGCUUCAAGUGCUGCACAAGGCGUUGUGGGGGAGUUACUGCUGGCUCCCGCGAACGAGGUUUCGGUUGUGAGCGAAGGUGCUACAUAUGUGCUAUCGGAUGUGGUGCGUAAACCGCAGGAGGAAAAGAAUGGUGAUAACGGAGUUAAGUUGGAGAAUGAGAAGAUGAUGACGGCGAAGGAGUUCAGCAACUAUGUCACCCUGCAGCGGGAGGGGGGUCUCUUUUCUACCGCGUACUGGAACCGCGUUGUGGAUGCGGGGUUGGCAACAAGCAGGAAGCUGCGGAUGUACCUCAACGACAAGUGCGAUAUGAAGUACUUUCAGGAGUACCGUCCGCUCUUUCUUGACGCGCUGUAUAACGUGGGAGGAGAACGGCGCACUGUUCGGCCUGAUCGCGCUGUCAUCCAGCAACGUAGCGUGGUCAACAAGACUGCUGCAGCAGCACUGAACGUAAGAAGUGAGGGAGACCCAAAGCAACAGAAUGAUGAAGAAACGUACCCGCUCGAGUUGGCGCACGCGUCGGUGUUACGCCUCGCGUCGCUGCGCAGCCCCACGUAUCGUGAUGUGAACGGACUCUUGCGCAGCGCCUGGACCGAGGGCUGCAACGCGGACGCAACAUUUGCGGACUUCACCCACAUCGAGGCUGUAGACGAUCGUCUUCCCUCCUUCGAGGCGUACCAGAGAUGCCGCGACCCUCAAAGGGAGAGUGAGUGGACCCUCUGGGCGAACGGUGUGUGCGGAAUGUUGUGCGGCGAUGCAGUCACUGAGAAGGAUAGCGACACCGCAAAGACAACGGCGCUACAGCCAACGUACUGGACCCACGACAGCAGCCAACAGCAGGCGAAGUUGUGGAUCGCCGGGGAGGUCGUCCUCAUUGUGGGCCCCAGCAAGUCUCUCUACGAAGCGCUGACGCUCCAGCGCGGUAUGGAGACGAUGGCGCGGCUUCUGCUGCCAAGCAUUUUGGUGAAGGACUCGAAGUUUGUAGAGGGGUGGCUCACGGCCUAUUCACCCAGAGUGUUCCCUCUUUUUCUUCCCUUUCUCAAGAAGGCCCGUCCUCCAUCUAAGAAGCACAACGAGAGGGUGGUGCCAUCGGGGGAUUGCGGUAUCAGGAUGAGUGGUGGCAGCAGUAGCAGCACCGCCAUCAUCAUGAAUUCACAGCUAAGCAACGGAACAACGCCCCACCCAAAAGAUGUACCUGCUUUGUUUAAUUGCUCACAGACAGCACCCCAGCGAGGGCCAAGGAAGAAGGAAAAGGUGUGUCUGCUCUCAUACGCGAUGACUGGUGAUCCCUUGGUCGGUGAGCACAUCUACCCCGCCAUCCGGUCGGCUCUUCGCGGGCAAUGCCGCCCCUUCCUCAUUGUCACCGCCAAUACCAAUGCGUUUUCGUGGCUCUCGGUCCGCUUUCCAUGUGUGGUCUCACCCGAGUACUUCAAGCCGUCUACUUCAAAAGGUUUGCGGUAUGCUUUUUGUCCCGUUUUCUGUUGUAUCUUUGUCAUCGACGACACAAUCGAGCCGUAUUCUAAAGAUGUGGUUGGGGCGAUUUGGAAACGUGUCACGGAAGGGCAUGGUCGUUUGUUUGCUGCGACGGCAGCUCUCCAGAACUGUCUGGAGCAAAGGUAG